CUCGCUCUCCUCUCUCGCUUCCGGCACAAAUAUGGCUGAUGAGUUGGAUGUUGUUGACAUCGAGGGAGAUGAAUGUGAUGAAAUCGUCGGCCGAGGAAAGAAAUCACAUGACCUGAGCAGUGCUGAGAUUCUCCAGGAUCAGUAUUUACAGUCCGCAUGGAGGACAAACAGCAGUGUACUGCCAUGGACUCUGGACAGCUCCAUCAGCGAUGAAAACAGACAGGUCAUCGAGAGCAUGCUGCUGGAAGAACAGUAUUAUUUUGCCAGUAAGAAAGCACCAAAGGUGGCCUGGACAAAUGAGAAGACUAAAGUCAAAAAGCCACUGGUAAAGAGUUCUGCAGCACAAACCCGUUGGGCGGAAGAGGAAAAAGAACUCUUUGAGAAAGGACUGGCUCAGUUUGGCCGCAGGUGGACCAAGAUUGCAAAACUAAUUGGCACUAGGACAGUUCUACAAGUGAAGAGCUAUGCUAAGCAGUACUUCAAAAAUAAGCCCAAAGCAGAACCAGCUGCUGAAGUGACCUCCGCUAAUGUGACUUCGGUCUCCUCGAUUCAACCUCACGUCUCGGCCUUGACUAAUGCUGUGCGCAUCGAGAGACUCUCUGACGAUGAGGAUGUCGAUAUUACAGAUGACUUCAGCGACAGCGAGUUACAGUCUAAAAAGCAGCCAGAACGCUCCGUUUCUCCAGACUGCAACCACCACGGAGAACUCAGGCCAAGUUUAUCAGAUGCACUGUUACACCUUCCAUCUGAAAGCACUGCUGCUGAUGGACAGGCUGAUCCAGAUUUCAGUGAAGACACAGAAAUCCAUCAUUCCGAAAUUGAUUCAGAAGCAGUUGAGGAAAGUGGGAAUCCUUUUAUUAAUUUAGACAGCCCAAGCAAACACAGCCUGACUGGAGAGGAGGAAACAGAAUUAGCAGAUAAGUGUGAAUCAGCUGAAUGUCUGGAGGAAGAAGUUGAAGACCAAGAGGAGGAUGAAGAGGAGGAGCUCAGAGCUCCCGAACAAGAGGUUGAAUUGGACUUGAACACAAUUACUGAAGAGGAAAAGCAAGCUAUCUCAGAAUUCUUUGAGGGACGCCCAUCCAAAACACCGGAGAGAUAUCUAAAAAUCCGCAACUACAUCCUGGACCAGUGGAGAAGAAGCAAACCCAAGUACCUGAACAAGACAUCAGUGCGUCCAGGCUUGAAGAACUGUGGUGAUGUGAACUGCAUCGGUCGCAUACACACCUACCUGGAGCUCAUUGGAGCAAUCAACUUCAACUGUGAUCAGGCGAUCUACAACCGUCCGCGGCUGGUUGAUCGCUCUCGCCUGAAGGAAAGCAAAGACAGUCUGGAGGCCUAUCAUCUUGCACAGAGACUGCAGUCAAUGAGGACGCGGAAACGUCGUAUUCGGGAUGUGUGGGGGAAUUGGUGUGACGCUAAAGAUCUGGAGGGUCAGACAUAUGAGCAUCUAAGCGCAGAAGAGCUGGCCAUCAGAAGAGAAGAAAUGAAGAAGAAAGGACCAAGACCAUCAAAACUCCCCAAACAAAGAGGCUCUUUUGAUCCAUUCCAGCUCAUUCCAUGCAAGACGUUUGGAGAGGAAAGACAGGAGCCGUACAGUGUGAUCGUUUGUGCCGAGGCUCUUAUUGUGAUGGACAUACAUGCUCAUGUGUCUAUGGGAGAGGUCAUUGGGCUUUUAGGGGGAACUUAUGAAGAGGAGGACAAGGUCUUAAAGAUCUGUUCAGCAGAGCCGUGUAAUAGUCUGAGCACAGGUCUGCAGUGUGAGAUGGACCCUGUCUCUCAGACUCAGGCUUCAGAGGUGCUCGGGGUUAAAGGUCUCAGUGUGGUUGGUUGGUAUCAUUCUCAUCCGGCAUUUGACCCAAACCCUUCUCUCAGAGACAUUGACACUCAGGCCAAAUACCAGAGUUAUUUCUCUCGAGGAGGUGCUCCGUUUAUCGGAAUGAUCGUCAGCCCUUAUAACCCCAGUAACUCCUCCCCUCAGUCUCAGUCCACCUGUCUGCUGGUCCAGGAGGAGCCCGGACCCUCAGGAUCUCACAAGUUUCCCUAUCAGUUCAACAUGCAGUGUUCAGCCGAGCCUCCUGAUUGGUCAGAAGUGAUGAGAAGAGCAGAAUGGGUGGUGUUCAAAUACAGGCUGUGUCAUGGGAGUGUACCAAUGGACAGGCUUUUUCGAAGAGAUUCUUCACUGACUUGCCUGGAGAAGAUGCUCUUAUCAAUCCGGACGGUUUUAGAGAGACUCUCAGAAGUGGACAUCGAGACUUUUCUGGUACAGCUAGAAAGCUUGUUCAACACACAUUUUCUCUCAGAGACCGGCUCUUCCUCUACUCAUCUGUAUGAAACUGCAACACAGCCUCAGUUACUGUCCUUCCUCUCCUCUGAGCCCAUCAGCAGCAGCGCUACAGAGGAGACGUCUGACGGCCACGAUGAACCAAAUACCACAGGACCUGACAAACUUGAGCAGAGCUGCGUUGAAGAAGAGCAUGACGAGACUGUUAUGCAGUCUACCAGUGCAGAAACUGUGUAAAUGAUAACAGCAAAGCUAACAAUUUGACCAGAAGAACGUAUCAAAAAGAAACCUGUAGAGAAGUAUGUAUCGCAUCGCACAAACUGUAUGAAACAAUUUUUAUAGGUUAAAUAUUAUUUAGUUUUCAUAAAAGUUGAUUUUAACCACAAAGGUGCAUUUUAAAGGUUUUAAAAUUUAAAUAUAAGUUCAACACUCAGUUUUGUAGACCCAUUUUGUAUUGCAGUUCGAUCACAAUUGUGCAAGGACGUUUUUAUGGAUUGAAUAUUGGAGUAAAGAAUUGACUUUUAUGACUGGUGAAAGGUUUUCAUGGUUCAUUUUAGUCACCUUUCAGCAUUCGCAGAUAAACACUUAUAGCUUUUUUGGAUAGUAACUAAUGGUGGGUAUUGGAACUUUUUUUAUUUAAUAUAGAUAACUACCAAAUAUACUUGUAAUUGGAUUAUAUUACUGUUUUAAAUAUGCUCAGUCAAAUGAGGUGCUUUUUUAAUGGGUUAUGUUAUUACAUCAAAUAAUUAUUCACAUUGAAUUUACUUGUUUUACCCUACUUGUUUUACAUCUAGAAAGCGUUGGCAGCGUUAUGUACUGUAAUUGAGGUUUAAAAAAACAUAUUAAUGUUCAAACAUGUUAUUAGGGGUUCAAUUUUUGUAACUAAACCCCAUUAUUUGAAGCCCUCCUGAGAUUUUAGGUCAAAGUUUCAAAUAAAUGAAUAAAAAGUAAUACAUAUGUGUAUAAAUAUGCUUCAAGAAGUUAUUAAUGAAAAUAUGUGCUCUCUCUUUAAUAAGUAGAUGAAUCCCACUCUAAUAAGUGUGAUCAACUUAAAAGGCAUCUGAUGAAAAUCAUCUUUAGUAAGCUGUUUGGACAGAACAGUGUGUAGGUAUAGUGUGUCCACAGUCAUAUUGGAGUGAUAUAAAGACAAUAAGUCUCUUUUUAAAAUUAAAAUAGGAUCCAAAUCAUUACCGUUCUGAGGUCCACCGCAAUGUGAUGUGGGAGUGCGGUUUCCCCGCCCACUGUAUUGAUUGACAGCGGCAUAUUAGCAUGUCUCUGUAGUAACAUAAUCAUAUCAACAAAACAGGGCAUGUGCGAAGCAACUGGCAUUAAAAGAUCAGUUAAGCUCUCUGUGAUCAUCAAUCAUCAUCAAAUGUGAUCAAGAAUGAGUUUUACAUAUUAAAAACAUUUUUAAAACGGU